AUGUAUGUAAGCUCAAACUUCACACAGACCAUUGAAAAUGCCUUUAAGAGAAUCUUGGAAGAUUACAUGAACAGCUGGAAGAACAAUGGGUCGAUAGCCAAAACCAAGAUUCGGAACAUCAUGAAGGAAGAGAACUUCAACUACGUCAUCCUCUACCUUAUGGUGAUGAUCGGCAUGUUCUCCUUCAUUGUUGUGGCUGUCUUGGUGAGCACCACCAGAUCAAAGAGACAGAAACACACAGAUGAGCUCGAUCCCUACAGCAGAUAUAUUGCCAAUGACUUCAAUGAGAAGGUUGGAGGGACACUGGAAAACCCAGCUGCUAGGUCUUACAGGGCUCCACUCUCUCCAUAG